AUGAACGAUAGGCGACGUGUCAACGGUCCCCCUGGGGGCACGCGACCACCGGUGUUUCAGUCAGGUCUUCAAUCAUCAAAUCCCAGCGACCGCCCGCGACGUCAGCGCCAACCUGCCGAGCUGCGGAAAAUCUUUCUCAAGACUGGCCUGAUUCCUUCCGCCUCAGGAUCUGCAUACCUCGAAUUCGAACCAUCUGCCUCUCUUGCUGCCAACCGCUCCAACCCCAAAUCAAUGAUCCCUCCAUCCUCAGCACUGAAGCUUACUUGCACUGUCCAUGGUCCGAAACCGUUGCCUCGAUCUGCGGCAUACUCUCCGAACUUGGUCCUUACAACACAUGUCAAAUAUGCCCCCUUUGCGGCGCGCCGAAGGAAAGGCCAUGUCCGCGAUUCUAGCGAGCGGGAUCUCGGAGUACAUCUAGAGACAGCCCUGCGCGGCGCUAUCAUUGCAGAGCGCUGGCCCAAGUCCGGCCUUGAUAUUACCAUCACAAUCUUGGAAGCUGAAGACGACCGCUGGUGGGGUGAACCGCCUGACUCCCACGAUGCUUCGUGGGGUAUAAUGAAUGUCCUUGCGGGGUGUAUCACUGCAGCGUCAGCCGCAAUUGCUGAUGCGCGUAUCGACUGUCUAGAUCUUGUGGCUGGCGGUGUCGCUGCUAUUACAGAGGAUGUUGGAGCAUCACAUUCUGGUUCUGGGAGACUCAUGCUAGACACAGACCCUGCUGAGCAUGCCUCUAUCCUAUCUGCCUGUGUAGUGGCUUAUAUGCCAGCCCGGGAUGAGAUUACAGAACUUUGGCUUAAAGGCGAUAGUUCUAAAGCUGUCCUUGAUGACGGUGACUCUAGGCAAGGUCAUGAUGCUCUGAUAGAUGGAGCUGUUGAUGCCGCUCGAGGCUCUUAUUCAGUUUUGUCAGAGGCUGUCAAGGAGUCCAUUUUGAAUGCAGUAGCGCAUGCAUGA